AUGGCUUUCUUGGGUCGACCCACAGGACGUUUGGCUCCCGCCGGAGCCGCUCGUGAGAGAACAAGUGUCACCAUGACUGAAUUAUCGACCACCAAAAGUCACGAAAAUGACGGUCACUUGAAAAAUGGUGUCGAGAUUAACGGCAAACCCGCGCCCGUCUAUAAGCUUGAGAUCGUUUGGCGUAAUGUAAUACUUAUGUGUAUCGUUCACGGCUCGGCCUUAUAUGGCCUCUACAUCGGUAUGUUCUUCGCGAAGCCAAUGACCAUCUUUUACAUGUAUUUUGUAUCACUUUUGUCCUCUUUCGGCGUUCAGUGCGGCGCCCACCGGCUGUGGUGUCACCGGACAUAUAAGGCCAAACUCCCGUUACAGAUUCUACUGGCGUUUAUGCAUAUACUGGCCCUCGAGAAUGACAUCUAUGAGUGGAGUCGUGACCAUAGAGUGCACCACAAGUACUCGGAGACGGACGCCGACCCGCAUAACGCCAAACGAGGCUUUUUCUUCGCACACGUCGGUUGGCUGUUGUGCCGAAAGCACCCGCAGGUCCUCGAAAAGGGCAAGACUGUCGACAUGAGUGAUCUCGAUCGCGACCCUCUCAUACAGUUUCAGCGCCGCUUUUAUAUACCUCUGGUGGCACUCAUUUGGGGUGUAAUACCCACGUAUACCCCGUACUAUCUGUGGGGUGAGAGCCUAUGGAAUGCCUAUUUCACGUGCGUUAUGCUCCGGUACGCGUUCACACUAAAUGUAACAUGGUGUGUUAAUAGCGCCGCGCAUUUGUGGGGCAACAAACCCUACGAUAAGUCCAUAAAUCCGGUGGAGUGUUCAAUACGGCACUUGAUGUUUGGCGAGGGUUUUCACAACUACCAUCAUACAUUCCCAUGGGACUAUUCAGCGAGCGAGUUUGGUGCGAUGGAUGUAUUCAACCCUGCUACAAUGUUCAUAGACUUGUUCGCUAAAAUCGGUUGGGCGUAUGACCUCCGCAAGGCAUCCGACGACGUGGUAAAAGGUCGACAGCGCCGGAGCGGUGACGAGCACUCCGUGCGAAGUAGUAAAGUGUUUGAGAUCGCGACCGCUCUCAUCACACUUGCGCUCAUUUACGCGCCCUUUGCUAUCGGCUUUGCGAUUAGACAAACCGGUUACCAUGGGCAAAUUUAA